GGUGGAAAACGCACGGCAGUCUAAUGUGUGAUACUCACAAAGUCCUGCCAGCAGAAUGAGUCGAUCGCAAAUGAUUGGUUCGAUUUCCGAGUUUAACAGUACUUUCGAUGAUUGGGAUGUUUAUUACGAACGGUUGGAGCAAUACUUUGAAGUGAACGAUGUCCCGGAAGAGAAACGAAGUGCCUUUUUAAUCAGUGUUAUCGGUGCCAAUGCGUACAAGAGUUUGCGAGACUUGUGCCACCCAACACCGCCGAAAGAGAAAUCUUUCCUCAGCUUAUGUGAACUGCUGCGGAAACAAUUUAGUCCACAAGUUUCGGUUUUUAGGGAAAGAGCUAAGUUUUACAACGCGCGCCAAGAGAACCACGAGAACGUGACCCAGUGGUACGGAAAACUCAAACGACUUUCAGUGGAUUGCAAGUUUGGAGAAAGUUUACAGUCCAUUCUUUUGGAUAAGUUCAUCACCGGAUUGAGGACCGGACAGGUGUUGGACCGUCUGUGUGAGGAAAACGAAACUUUGCAGUUAGAACAAGGACUGGAUAUUGCGGUGAACAAAGAGUGUGCCGCUAGAGAGAACGCUUACGCCCCCGUACAGCCUAACUACAGACUUGCAAUCUGUCCUCCAAGGCCACAAACGUGCUUUUUCGGUGGAGAACCCGUGCGUGGACCGUCUAAUUCUCUGGCGAUUCCGAAAUUUUCAUCACCGUCCCUGUUUGGAACGCAAACCGCACAAACAGUGAAUCCUACCGGUGUCUGUUUUGGUGCUCCGGCAUCGGCUUCAACUGGGCUUUUCGGUGCUCCUCAAUCGGAAGCUCUUCCCGCCGAUCCGAUCGGUGGUAAUUCGAGUGGUGAUUCCGGUGGCGGCAGAGCAGGAUUUGUUCCGAAAGCCGUAGCUUGCCUAGCUCCCGGUAUCUUUGCGAAGGGUAUUCCCGAGCAGAGCGCACCCCUUGGUGCUCCUCCUCCUCCUCCUCCGGUUGGUGCACUAUUUGCUGAUCACGUAGUGACGCCGGAAAAUGGCAUACCGGAGGGAACUGAUCGAACUGAUGCAGCACCGAAAAAGCUACGUGUCCGUACUCGACGACGAGGUCGUCGCAAUGCUCCUGCUGCUGCUAUUCCUGACACUCCUGAAAACGUGUCGCUCGACGGAGAACAAGGAGCAUAAGUUAUGACUUGGAUAACGAACUAAAGUGAUAUGAAAAAACCAUUGUUAUUAUUGUUACUAUAAUUUAAGCUUUAAAAUACAUUAUUUAUGAAAUGAAAAAAAUUAAACUUAUUGAGU